CCCCGCCACUUACUUGUUGUCAUUCGCUGCGUUAAAUAAAAGUUUCCAAGGGCACUGUUGUUGUGGGUUUCGCGUCGGCAAACGGGGUGUUGAUAGGUAGUGUUUGAGCGCGCCGGGACAGCGGACAGCGCCGCAGCUAUGGAAAUCUCCAUCGACGGCGACGAGACGCUAACAACGUACGGGCUCGCCUCAUCCGCCGCGAUCGGUUCCAGUCGUCUUAGUUUCGAAAAUAACGUCUCCUUUGAGCUGAACCGCAAGAAACGCCGCAUAUCUGGUGUUGCGUGCGACAGUGGGGCCAGCGAAACGGUGCACGAUGGAAAUAUCAGCACGGAGUCGUAUGCUUCGGGCACCACAACCUACACGACCAGCAUCGCCCAGAGCCCGUGGGAAACGCGUCGCGUAAAGGCGGACCUAAUUGAGGCACAAACACGGAUUACGCUUCUGAAGAAAGAGCUCGAGCAUCUGAACACCGAAAUGGCCACCACACAGUUGCGCAACCAACACAAGGUGUCUUCGCUGGAGCAAGAGGCGACGUUUAACGGGAAGAAGUUGGCCGAUCUGGAGAAACAUCUACAGGUGGUGCGAAAGCGCGAGCACGUAGCCAAGGAGGAGUUGGUGAAAACGCGCAACCAGUUCACGCAACUCAAACAGGUGGCGGACGAUCGGCAGUUCGAACUGCGGCAAGCACUGAAGCGGAUGGAGGAGAAGUACGACUCAGAAACCGGCGAGCUCAACACGGAGAUCCGCGACCUUACGUCACAGGUGACGGAUCUGGAGCAGCAGCUAACACUGGCACAGGACGAGCUGGACACGACGCGGGAAAUCAACGACACGCUGCAGGCGAAAGCGGACGCGUUCGAUCGGACGAAGCGCGAGUUGGAGCAAACGCAGGACAGGCUGGCGGAGGCGGAAUCACGCGUGAAAACCCUCGAAUACGAAGUCGGCAGCUACGAGGACUGGAAGAACCUAUCGAAGGUGUCCUCGGCUCGGUUGUCGAACGCAACCGAGAUCGAGAGGGAAAACGUCCGGCUAAAGGAGCAAGUGACGAAUCUGCAGGACCUAAUCGGGAACAAGCUGCUGCUGGAGGAACAGGUGUCCGGCUUGCAGACCCGCCUGGAGCAGUUCGAGCAAAAGGAAGCGCAAACGGCGACACUGGAGUUGCGGGUGAAGGAGCUUGAGCAGGAGCUCGUCGACUGGCAGCAGCUCGGAAGGGACUACUCGUCGAGCGGGACGACCACAACGACCCCGGCGUCUAUGCGCAAACACAUCCAGGAGAUCCUGCAGAAGGACGUGGUGCUGGCGAGCGAACAGUCAUCGGCUAAGACGGAGAAGAGCCAGAUCCAAAGCCGCAUCGAUGAGCUACGGUGUGAGAACGAGCUGUUGAAUGGACACUUGGCCGAUUACAGACGCGCCCAGGAAGGGCUCCAGAACAUCGUGCAUCGAGCGCAGAAGAAGCUGAACCUGGUCACCGGAGAGCGCGACUAUCUGAAGCAGCUGCUGGAAAGCUACGAGAACGAUCUUACGAUUAACCAUUCCGUUGUGGGCGGCGAAAACGAGAAAAAACACCUGCGAGCGCGUAUUGAUAUGCUUGAAAAGACACUGACCGGGUACAAGGAUCUCUGCCAGAAGCAGGAAGCCGAGAUACAAGCCGACAAGCUGAUCCCCGACAUUAGUUUCGUGUUAACGUCCGAGCGGUACGAAAAACUGCGUAAAGAAAUCGACGAGCUGCGAAUGGACAACGAGCGACUUAAACGCCGCAAGGAUGAGCUAGAGCUGGAGGUAGAAAAUCUAACGCUCCGAGCAGAAAUCAAGGGCUCAUCGGACAUGCUGAUCCGGUUCCGCAAUAGCCCUGCGCUCGAAGCAUUCGAAGCGCAUGAUGCCAACACAGCGAAGCUAAUGGCGGAGAUCGAGCGGUUGCGCCUUCGCGUGCGUCACCUACAGGAGGCAAAUGACGAUCUGACGGAGUGUCUGAACAACACGGACGAAACGGGCAACAUAACGGCAAAGAUGCAAGAGUUCUCUGACCUACGCCAGCAGCUGAAGGAUCUGCAAGCCAAGUACGACCAGCGGAAGGAGCUCUUUCAGCAAACGUCGGAGGACUUCCGCUCGGUCGUGAACCUGCUGUUCGGCUACAAAGUGGACCGAAUCAGCGCCAACUACUUCCGGCUGCGAAGUCAGUACGCGGAGGCGCCAGACGAGUAUCUUAACUUUGCGCUAGCCCCGGACGGCAGCAUGUUAACGUUGCUGGAGUCGGAAUACGCCGCAUCCCUGCGGGAACUGGUCGAAACGCAGUUCAAGACGCACAACUCGAUUCCCGUUUUUCUGAGCUCGCUUACGGUCGAGUUGUUCAACCGAACCACGAUGACGGUUCGGUACUAGCCAGCCAGAAACCCAGCCAGCCGGGGGGAAAAACUCUCCUUCCAGCAAUGGGUCGAUCUAAAAAUGCGAACUACGUGUAAAGGAAGGAAGGGAUUGUAACAUAGGAGCGAUGGAAUGGAAUCAGGAAAACAAUAGUGUAACAUUUGCAAAGCGAGCGAUAUCGCUUGGUAUGUACACCGAAUGAGAAUAAA